AUGUUUAAUAAAAUUACUCAGAUAUGUAAACAAAAGGAAGUAUUAUGUGUAAAUUUUUUGAAAGGUAAGUGCAUGAACGAUUGUAUAUAUACACGUAAUUAUAGUGAUCAUGUAAAAGAUCAUUUUCAUAAACCAAGAAAUGUUGGAUCCUUCGAUAAAAAUGAAAAAAAUGUUGGAACUUCUAUUGUUGGAAAGGCAUCUUGUGGUGAUGUUAUAAAAUUACAAUUAAAAAUUGAAGAUAAUGUAAUUAAAGAUGCUCGUUUUAUGGCAUUUGGUUGUGGUUCAGCUAUAGCUAGUAGUUCAUAUGCAACAGAAUUAAUAAAGGGGAAAACAAUUGAUGAAGCUUUAAAAAUUAAAAAUGAUGACAUUGCCUCCCAUUUAAACCUACCCCCUGUUAAAAUUCAUUGUAGUUUAUUAGCCGAAGAUGCCAUAAAGCAUGCCAUUAAAAAUUACAGAGAAAAAGUUAUAAAUUAA